AUGGACUUCAGUAAAGCACCCUCUAGCGAUCUCUUUGAUGACAUUCUGGUCAUGACACCAGUUUAUCAGCAAUUUCUGUCAUUGCAAUUUAGUAUUAAGGAGAUCAACGAAAACCCACAGAUUUUACCUAAUCAUACUUUGGGCUUCUAUAUCUAUAAUAGCUAUUUUAGUGCAAGUUGGACUUAUCGUGCCUCAUUAGAAUUGUUCUCUGGUCAAGGGAGCUUCAUCCCUAACUACAACUGUGAUGCGCAAAGCAGACCAAUAGCUGUGAUUGGAGGACCUACUUCUGCUGUCGGAUUUCAUUUAACAACCCUCCUAUCUGUUUACAAGAUGCCACAGUUCGUCUAUGGCUCGGCUCCAGAGAUGAAUAUAAAAACACAGAUUGCUUCCUUUCAACAGAUGUUCCCAAAUGUUGAUCUUCAAUACAAGGGAAUUCUCCAGUUACUCCUAAAAUUCAGGUGGACGUGGAUUGGGUUGGUUUAUAUGGAUAAUGAGAAUGGUGAAAAGUUUGUGCAUGAUGUGCUUCCCAUGUUUUCCCAGAGAGGUAUCUGCUUUGCUUUCAUUGAAAAGUCACCAACUGUUUCUUAUUCCAAUGACAUUCUUGAUGCAAUGGAUGCUGGGAUUAACUUGUUCAACGUUAUCAUGAGGAGCACUGCAAAUGUAGUGAUAAUUCAUGGUGAAAUUGAUGACAUGAUAGUUUUGAGACUAUUUCCAAGUCUGUCAAACUUGGAAGGAAUACCACUUUUGGCCAAUGUUAAGGUGUGGGUUAUGACCGCACAGAUGGACUUCAUGUCGCUUCCCUUUCAAAGAAAUGAGGAGAUAGACUUUCUCCACGGUGCUUUAUCCUUUUCAAUUCACUCAAAGAAGGUGUUGGGAUUCCAGAAAUUUCUUCAGAUGAGAAAGCCUGACUUUGACAAAGAGGAUAGCUUUGUCAAGCUCUUCUGGAAGAACGCAUUUGAAUGUUCAUUCUCCAGCUCUGUGAUAAAUGAUGAUGAAGAAGAAGUCAUGUGCACUGGAGAGGAGAAACUGGAGAAUCUUCCUUCAUCUGUGUUUGAAAUGGACAUGACUGGCCACAGCUACAGCAUCUACAAUGCAGUCUAUGUGGUAGCACACGCUUUGCAUGCCAUGCUGUCAUCUACAUUCAUAUUGAGAGCAGAAAACCAUGAAGCCAAACUGAACAUAAUAAAAAAACAAUUCUGGAAGCUCAACCAUUUUGUGAGAACAAUUUCAUUCAACAAUAGUGUGAGGGAAAAAGUUUCCUUCAACCAGAAUGGAGAGUUGGAGGCGGGAUUUGAUAUUAUCAACUGGAUCACUUUUCCCAACCAGUCUUUCCUGAGAUUUAAAAUUGGAGGAAUAAAGACAAUGGACUCGCAAGGAGAAAUGUUAUCUUUUUCUGAAGAAUUGACUGAGUGGCCAAGGAGAUUUAAUCAGACCCAACCUCUUUCUCAGUGUAAUGACAAGUGUCCUUCGGGAUAUAGUAAGAGCAAAAUAGAAGAAAAGCCAUUUUGUUGCUACAAUUGCCUUCAGUGUGCAUAUGGAAAAAUUUCUAAUCAGGAGGACAUGGAUGACUGUGUUCAAUGCCCAGAAGAUCAGUACCCAAACAAGAAACAGGAUUCCUGUAUCCCAAAAAUUAUAAUAUUUCUGAUGUAUGAAGAGCAACUAGGCACCAUUUUGGCUAUUUCCACUCUUUUCUGUUCUUUGACUACAGUAGUAAUUUUUUGGAUAUUUAUCAAGAAUAAGAACACUCCUCUAGUUAAAGCCAACAACCAGAGUCUCACCUAUGCUCUCCUUAUUGCUCUUUUUUUAUGUUUUCUUUGUGCUUUGUUAUUCAUUGGCCGGCCUUCCAAUGUGACAUGUGUCCUUCGUCAAACUGCAUUUGGCAUCAUCUUCUCAGUGGCCAUUUCUUGUGUUUUGGCCAAGACCGUCAUUGUGGUUGCAGCUUUCAUGGCCACCAAGCCAGGAUCGAAGAUGACCAAAUGGGUGGGGAAAAGAUUAGGCAUGUCCAUAGUAUUUUGCUGCUCUAUUAUUCAAAUUAUGAUUUGUACUACAUGGCUGACAACUUCUCCCCCAUUCCCAGAUGUUGACAUGAAUUCAACCACCAAAGAAAUCAUCUUGGAAUGUAAUGAAGGCUCAAUCUUCAUGUUCUACUGUGUCUUGGGCUUUCUGGGGUUGCUUGCCUUUGUCAGCUUCAUAGUGGCUUUCCUAGCAAGAAAAUUGCCUAAUACGUUCAAUGAAGCCAAGCAUAUUACCUUCAGUAUGUUGAUUUUUUGCUCAGUCUGGGUAUUGUUUCUUCCCACUUAUCUGAGCACAAAAGGGAAAUAUAUGGUUGCUGUGGAGAUCUUCUCCAUUAUAGCCUCCAGUGCUGCAUUGCUAAUUUGCAUCUUUUCUCCUAAAUGCUUUAUCAUUGUUUGGAGACCUGACCUGAAUAGGAAACAGCAACUAACAAAGAAAAAACUAUAG